CCCGGCCAAUCGUGGUGCCAGUCUGUUUGCAGAGGCCAAUAGGAGCUCUCCUCAAGCAGUGGGCCGGCCACCGGCAACCGUUACCCGACAAGCCCCAGGACGCUACUCGUUGGAAAGUAGAGGAGGCGGCAGCGGCGAGAGCAGCCUGGAGGAGAGCUUCGAAGGCGGGGGCACAGGCAACGCCUAUGAACGUACAUCUUUGAACUAUGCAGGCCACUGCAGCAAUAGAAACAGAUUCUGAUAAAAACUACCACAAAAAUGGAGGACACUUCCAACAUGAUAAAUUUUAUAAUCCUAAGAAAGAAAAUAUAUUAUUUUCCAAUGGUUGCAUCGAAGUUGAAUUGACCUUUUCUAGUGGUGAAGGGAACUCCUUGGCAACAGAAGAAAGAUCUCACGACAACGAGAACAGCACUGUUGACCGGAAAGAUUUAUCAGAACCGUCCUUCUCAGAAACUCAAGGUGCUAACGUAGAGAAUGAUUUUUCCCAGUCAAGUGAGUUUGAAGACAGUAAUGACUAUGCUUUUCUGAAUGAGACCUAUUCUAUCCAUUAUUCAGAAUCAAAACUCAAGGAUGAAAAUCUUUUGCAUUUAUAUUCAGAAUUGUAUCCUGAAGUAGAGAAAAGAGUAGAGAUGUUUUUUGACACUUUUGGACCUCAAGAUACUAAUAGCAUUGGAAGUAGUCCAGAGGCUUCAGGUGCUGACUGUGGAGACAUGCAGAGGAGUGACAUAGACGAAGACUCACAGCAGGAGUACCACAGCGCAGAGCUGGAGUGCACUAGUGCACACUUAGUGGUCAACCCAGCGAAGACAGUAAGCAGGUCUAGUCUGGAUGUUAGUGAGUUCAAAACAUCAAGCUAUGACUUUAAAUGUGGUGGCAGUUUUGAAGAUAAUCAUGGUUCUAGCCCUUCUUUGGAGUUACGUAAUGCAUUUGUACAAGAAUGUUCUUCUCAAGUCUCUACAUCUCAGAGUUCUGAUAUGUUAAAAGAAUAUCGUGAGCUAAAAUAUGAAAAAUGUAAGGAACAAGAGGUUGGUUUAACAUAUCAUAAAGCAUUUGAUGACAUUUUACAGAGAAGCAGUUCUCCCUUAAUCCAUCAGAAAGUACCUGAAACUUUAGUGUAUACUAAAGAAAUAAAAUCUCAAACAAUUGAAAGUAAAGACUUUUAUGGAAAUAGAAUUUUUCAGAAGAAAGCAUUACAGCACCCUGAGAAUGCUAUCAGGUUUCCCCAAGACAAAGCCCUUGAGACACACUUGAAGGCUGAUGAUACUCACCAGCCUUCUUGGCCUUGUGUUCUAAAUGACUCAAUCAUUUCUCUCUCUGCCUCUUUAGAAUACAAAAGCCUCCCUGAGCCGGGCUUUUUCUCUCCUGUGAUACCACAGGUGGCAGUCACAGACAGUCAGGCAGAAGUAGAGGACAGCGGCUCAUACCAUGUACAAGGCAGUGCCACAAAUAAAACAUGCUCUCUUAUGAAAGAAAUGUGUCUUAAGUCAGUGUCAGACGCAGCAAGCUGUGUAGCUGCAGUUCAACAGACACUGGAUGGGAGCAGUAGAGCAAGUGCAAGCUCUUCCACAGUGUCUGCAUCAAGCAACACAGAGACAAAGAUGGUGAGGCAGAGUCAACCUGAGGAGUGGCAAAGUAACAGGCAGAGUGUGGCCUGUAACACGGACUGGUCCUGUGGGCAGCAGUACAGAGAUGCACAGACGGCUGCCCCAGGAAGUGACUCAGGAAGGCCACUCUCAGCUGAAGGCCACUUACAGCCUACUGGGAACUCCCUGAAUGAGAAUACCUUGGAAUUAAGAAAAACAUUUGAUACCACAGACAGACAGAAAUACCCUGAGAGGGCAUUUCAGCUUUGUGAAGAGGUGGCUGUGCCACCCAAGUGCUGUGAGAAGACCACUGAGAGGGCUGUGAAGGCAGAGAUACAUCUUCUGGAUGUUUGCUACCAGACAUGCCAUCACCACUGUCACCACAUUUACAAACUUGUAAUGGAAACUAGAGCGGGACCCAAUAGUUCUGUGAACUUAACUUUGAACAGGGCUUUACCAACUGAUUGUGCUAAGAGGGACUUAGGCGCAGCACUGCUGUCUGUUCUGGGAGACUUGAAAGUUAGAUACAUGAACCUGAAAGGAAAAGUCCACAAGGGCAUACCACUGGAAGAGCUGCCGCCGCUGUUGGUGGAGUCCAAACUGUUAGCUGCCUUCUCCGACUUCGCUUCCAGGCUAAUGAAAGAAGAAGCAUGCAGCCUUUCAGGAGCAAAUUCUGAGCUGGGUAAUCAAAGUCUACCUGAUGUUGAUAUUUCUCCGAGCCUACUAAAUACAUUGUCCCAGAUGUCUUUUAUAUCUGACAAUAGUCAUCCUAAGCAAGAUAAAUCACCCAUGAACAAUGUUUUUAAAAGUGGUGAUAUAAACAUAGACUUUAAUCGCCUGAAGCUCAAUGACAAAGACUGUAAAACCAUCCAUGAAGCAAGUGAGGACUGGUUUGAUGCCACAGAGAAGCUGACUGGAGCUGACUUCUCAGUAACUCAAGAAAACACAACAGAAUACGAGGAAUGGGAGCUGAAGAAUCCAUUAGAAUUGAAGAACACUGAAAUGCAUCGAAGAGGUAAAGGCUUUUUGAUCCAUGUUGGUGGUCUUUGCCCUUCUGUAUCUGAGGCUGACUUAAGGACUCAUUUCCAGAAAUAUCAAGUUUCUGAAAUUUCAAUUUGUGAUUCCUCUACUAAUUACAGAUAUGCAACUCUUGCUUUUGCAAAAAACAGUAAUGCAAAGAUGGCUGUGAAGGAAAUGAAUGGAAUCGAAAUCAAUGGAAAAUCUGUGAACGUGCGGCUUGUGAAAAUCCCUGGAGAGUACACACCACCACCUCUGUCCACAACCGGGAAGAGCACUAGUAUGAAUCAUUUGGAGAAAAACACCAACAAUACCACCUCUGCCUUUUCUGCUUGUCGACUGCCCAGAGCUAGAUCAAGGCAACUGGAGUCUGAGCAAGACAAUGAGUUUCCUCUCUUGGACCAGGGUGUCAAGAAAAAUUGUAACCAGAUGAAAUCUGGUCAAUUAUUACCUGAGACACCUUUUCAGUUCAUACCUCCAAAUACAUUGAACCUUCGUAGUUUCACCAAGAUCAUGACAAGGCUGGCUGAACUGCAUCCAGAUAUCAGCAGAGACCACAUUAUAGAAGCUCUUCAGGAAGUGAAGCUAAAUCACAAAGGAUUUCUGAAUGGUUUGUCCAUCAACACCAUUGUGAAAAUGACUUCAUCUUACUUGAGAAACUCUGCUUCCCAUUUGAAAUAAAUAAAGCAAUGCAGAGGAAAUGUUUGGAAAGUGUGAGUCCCUUCAUCAGAGAAAGUUCUACAGCGUUAGGAAAAGCUGCAGGCAUCCAGUCAGACAGCUCUGUAAGUGGACCUAGCACUUUAAGGAUUCUACAGUCCACCUUUAAAACCUGGUAACAACACAUAGAUGUGGAGUAUUAAAGUAUGUAUAUUUUAUGUAUGUAUAUUUUAUGUUUAUAAACUUCAUUUCAAAAUUAUUAUUCAAGACUUCAAGCUUUGUAUUUUGAAUCAGAAAAAAAAUGUGGCCAUGUCCAUUUAUAAGUCAUCAUUAAUAAGUCCAUUUGAAAAAUAUUGUCCAGAAAAAAAGUUUAUUGCUACUGUUUCAAAGUUCAUUACACAUAUAAAAAUUAUGUGAAAUCUUUACACAAUUCAUCUGUGGAAAAUGCAAUUUUUCUGUAGCUAGUUUCAGCUUUUCAGAUUCAGAUUGGAGUAUGGGGUUCAGAUAAGCUGAGUUUAGUGCGCACAGAGAUAAACAGGCUGUGACACGUUAGUGUUCCUUGACAGCUGUUUUCCCAUGUACUGAAGUGUAAAGGGUCGCCAUGCUCUGCCUGUGCUUUACUGUGUUCUGCUGUUCUAGAGUGUAGUUGAAUGUGCUCCUCUAUCUCACAGCAGUGUAGAAUGGAAGCUUAACACCACAUCCCUUUCCAACAGCAACUAACCCUGCUUAAAACUACAUUUGUACUUUUCAAAUGUUUAAAUUGUUUCUAUCCAAUGCUUCAUUGUUCUUGCUUGAUUAAAAGUUAUCCAUUAAGCAUUUCUUUUUGAUGUCCUUGUGUUUAAUAAAGGUGGUUAGCUCCUCUCUGA